AGUAUGUUGGCCAGUGUAUUGAAGAAAUUAAAGAGGAACUUCGACAUGGUAACAUUGCAGUCAAGGCAAAUGCUGUUGCAAAACUUUGUUAUUUACAAAUGUUGGGCUAUGACAUCAGUUGGGCUGCUUUCAACAUAAUUGAAGUUAUGAGCUCAACAAAGUUUACUUUCAAGCGUACUGGUUAUUUGGCUGCAUCUCAGAGUUUCCACAAUGAAACUGAAGUUUUGAUGUUAACAACAAACAUGAUAAGGAAGGACCUAAACAGCCAAAAUAUAUAUGAUGCUGGUGCUGCAAUGACAGGACUGUCGUGUUUUGUUACACCAGAUUUAGCACGUGACCUUGCCAAUGACGUGAUGACUCUUUUGAGUUCCACAAAACCUUAUCUCAGGAAGAAAGCUGUGCUUCUGAUGUAUAAGAUAUUCCUAUGUUUUCCUGAUGCUUUAAGACCAGCCUUUGCCCGACUAAAGGACAAACUGGAAGACCUUGAUCCAGGUGUUCAGUCAGCUGCAGUCAAUGUUAUCUGUGAACUAGCUCGUAAAAAUCCAAAAAAUUAUUUGUCACUUGCACCAGUUUUCUUUAAGCUCAUGACAAGUUCUACAAAUAACUGGAUGCUUAUUAAGAUAAUCAAGCUGUUUGGUGCUCUGACCCCGCUAGAACCUAGGCUGGGUAAAAAGUUGAUAGAACCCCUCACUAAUUUAAUUCACAGCACAUCAGCCAUGUCUCUUCUUUAUGAAUGCAUCAACACAGUAAUAGCAGUUUUAAUUUCUAUAUCUUCAGGCAUGCCCAACCACAGUGCAUCAAUUCAGCUGUGUGUCCAGAAACUUAGGAUACUUAUUGAAGACUCAGAUCAAAAUUUAAAGUAUUUAGGUCUCUUGGCUAUGUCUAAGAUAUUGAAGACUCACCCUAAAAGUGUCCAAGCCCACAAAGAUCUAGUUCUACAGUGUUUGGAUGAUAAAGACGAGUCAAUCAGACUUCGUGCUUUAGACUUGCUUUAUGGAAUGGUGUCUAAAAAAAAUCUAAUGGAAAUUGUAAAGAAACUGAUGUUGCACAUGGAUAAAGCUGAAGGCACAAAUUAUCGUGAUGAACUUCUCUCAAAGAUCAUUGAUAUUUGCUCUCAGAACAAUUAUCAGUACAUCACCAACUUUGAGUGGUAUGUAAGCAUUUUGGUGGAAAUUACAAGGAUAGAAGGAACAAAACAUGGAGCUCUAAUUGCCUCACAGAUGCUAGACGUGGCUAUCAGAGUCCCAGCUAUCCGAUCCUUUGCAGUCUCUCAAAUGGCAGUCCUGUUGGAUAAUGCACAUAUGCUAGUGGGGAACACGCAGAGAAAUAGUAUCUACGAAGUUCUUUAUGCAGCGGCUUGGAUUUGUGGAGAGUUUGCAGAGAUGCUUAGUGAUCCAAGAGGGACUCUUGAAGCUAUGCUGAAGCCAAAGGUGACAGUUUUACCUCCACAUAUCCAAGGUGUCUAUGUACAAAACAUAGUAAAAUUGUACUCUAGGGUUGUUGCACAGCUUGAAGCUGAGGAUAAUAAGGAAGAAGCUGAAGCCCUGGGUGAACUUCUGGUAGAAAAGCUGCCAAUGUUUGUGCAGAAUGCCAACUUGGAAGUGCAGGAUCGGGCUUGUGGUGCUCUUCAACUUAUCAAGCAACUUAUUAAGCUUCAAAGUAAAGGAGAAGUGAUAGGAGAGGAGUUGCAAGCCCUUUUUUCAGGAGAAUUAAAUCCUGUAGCUCCUAAAGCCCAAAAGAAAGUGCCUGUUCCUGAAGGCCUUGAUUUAGACCAAUGGAUCAAUGAACCUCCCUCAGAAUCAUCCUCAGAAGAAGAAGUAAGGGGAGACAUCUUUGUGAAAAGUGAUCACAGGAUGAUUCAGCAGAAUGAUGUACAUAAAAUGCCUGAACUGACAGAGGAAGAACUAGAAAAGAGGAGAAAAGCCCGUAAACAAGAACAAGCUAAUAAUCCACAUUAUCUGAAAGCCACUACUCCUUCAGGAAAGUCAGGUCUCAUAUCUUCGGACAAGUACCUCCAAGUAACAGGCAAUACAUCAAAGUCUCGAAAAACAAAGAAAACACGAAAGAGGAGCAAAAAAGGCAAAUCUGUGGAGUCGGAAAGUGAUGAAGACAGUAUUCGGUCAGUCCAUGUUGUGACCAUAACUGAAGGAGAAAUGCCUGAGGGAGCAAAAAGUUCUGAUGACGAUGAAGAUGAAAGAAACUCGAAUGAUCCCCACAAAGCAUUGAAUAUUGAUUUAGAGGAACUACCAUUAAAUAAUGAAGAUAAUGUCCAAAGCCAUCCAGUUUCUCCAUUAAGUACUAAUGCACCUGGAAAAGUAAACUUGAAAGAUGAAAAGAAGAAGAAACGUCGAGGGGAAAAAGAGCAUAAAGAAAAGACAAGAGAGAAGAAGGAUAAAUCAAGGGAGAAGCACAAAAAAAAGAAGCAAAAAGAAGAAGACACUGACUUGGUUUCAUCCCAAUUAAUUGAAGAGAAAAGCAAAGAAGAGCCUGUUACUAAUGGGUUAUCACCAGAAUCUGCAGAUAAAAAUGAACAGACAGAGAAGCAGAAAAAUGCUGAAAACACCAAAGGACAGCUGGAUGAUAUAGAGUUCUGGCUCUCUCCAAAUGACUCGUCGCAGAGACCAAACAGUGAAUUAGGUGCUAAAGUUUCUAGCUCUCCUGUACCUCCUUCAGAUUUAAAUCUUGAUUCAGUGAAAGUUAAACAGGAAAAGGAAGAAAAAAUGAGCUCAAAACCAGAGAAAACAAAGAAAAAGAAGAAAGAAAAGGAAAGGAAAAGCAAAAAGGAAAAAAAGAAAGUACGAGAACACCAUGAUUCUCUGCUACAGGAAGAUAGUCCAAAAGACAAGGCAGAAUAUGAAGAAGCUCCUGGUAUAGCAACUCCAUCAAAAGAACCGGGUUCCAGUCUGGCACAAACACCAAUGACUCCCUCUAUGCCUCCAGCUUCUAAAUACAGAUUAUUAGCUGAAGAUAAAAAUAUGAAACUGAUCUAUGAAACUAGGGUGCUUCCAAACUCCAGUAAUCAGAUCGUUGUGUCCAUAAUUUUCACCAACCAGUGUGGCUAUCAUGUCAAAGAACUAGAGUUUAACAUACUUGACACAUUGAACACCAGGCUUGCAAGAGGGACUGAUGGAAACAACCAAAACAGUGUCAAAGUGCCAUUUCAACUGCCACCAGGAACUACUAAUGAGGGACAGUUUGCUUUUGAUGUAGAUAAAGUGGUUAUGCCACAGAUGUUAAGAGGUACAUUCACCUACAUGAUUGUGACUGAUGGGGGAUCAACCCAUGAAAAACUUGAUUUUAAGCUGCAUCUUCCAGUUUCAGCUUAUUUUAUUGGGUCCAUGUAUAAAAGGGAUACAUUCACUGAGUUACUAAGUAGUGGUGAUCUUUCAGCAAAAAAUACCUUAAUUCUAGAAAGAGUAGAUUACGAGUUUUCCCACAUGCUCUCCAAAAUCUGCUUCCAUUGUCAUUUUACAGUUGUAGAACAGGUUGCAUUGAGUGCCUCUUUAUACAGUCGAUCAAUUCAAGGAGAUCACGUUUGCUUAUUAGCCAAGCAAGUGAAUUCCAAGUUAACAAUAGAUGGCAAGAGCACCAACAGUCAACUUCUAUCCAGCAUCUUAGACGAAGUGAAAAUUUUGCUUAAUCCCACUGAGAAUGUUUCUCCCUGUGAAUGAAGCAACCUGAGGUUUUAUAUGUAAUACAAAACUUGUAACAAAUUACAAGAGAACAAAGACAACAGAAUCAAAGACAUCUGUUUUAAGUGUGCUUUUCAUUUGUUGCCUAAGCAAAACAAGUUGAUCAUUAGACACUGUUGAAAUACUGGUACCCUUCCCUAGCUUCCCAGUGCCCAAGUUUUAAAAUAGUAACUAACAGUAUGGUGUUUCUAUAAUUUAUCACUGAAGUAGUCAAUUGUUUUAUUAAAUAAGAAUGUUUGUUGAGCACUUUAGAUAAAAGUGUCAUUUAAAACACUUUCUAAUGUCUUGAAAAAAAGAGUAUGUACAAAAAUGUGAUUCAUAAUUACUAAAUACAAGUUCUGCUUCAAUUAUGAUAUAUUAUAAAGUGUGUGUAAAUCUCCAUGUUUUGCUUCAGUCCCUGCACAUUGUAAAAUUCUUCAAAGGUUUUAUCAUUUCCAGCAGUUACAUUCCAAAAUUUAUUAGAGUCUUUGCUAAUUCAAAGUUGUAAUUUCAGUGUCAUCAAGUUUUCAAAAA